UCUCGAGUUGGAUUUGGAGCACUGUAUUGGCAACUUUGAGUUUUCUGUUGUACCAAAGGCCUUGUUCAGUGCUGAUGGAAUUCCAUUGGCUUGUUUAGACAAAUCAAAAUUGAUUCACGGUAUAGAGGAAUUAGCCAGCAAAGGACAAACGACCAAUGGUUUAUCUGGAGAAGUCGAAACAAACAAAGUAAUCAUUAUAGAUGGAAUGGCUGUUGUGAAUCAAACUCCAAAAACACCGGCAGUUAAAACAUGCAAGGAUUUCGCAUCAGCUUUCACAGAACGUGUACUACAAAUUUCAAGAGGAUGUGAUGAAAUACGAUUGGUAUUUGAUCGCUAUAUAGAAAACUCCUUGAAAGCACGGACAAGAAAGCAUCGUACAUCUGGUAAUGAAGUUCGAUACAAAGUAUCAGACAACACCAAUAUUUCAUCCAUUAGUCUCAAGCAAUUUCUUUCCCACAUUGAUACAAAGCAAGCUUUAACCAUCUACCUGGCAAAGAAAGUGAUGGAGGCUCUUUCAUCAUUGCAUAUUCGGUAUAUAGUGACUUAUGAUACUAAAAUGGAAUCAAAUUUUGUUGAUUGCAGAAUACACGACCACGAAGAAGCUGACACAGCACUUAUAUAUAAUGCUAUGGAUGUUGCACAACAAUCUCCUUUCACCAGUUGUAUUGUUUACUCUCCGGAUACUGACGUGUUUCUACUGCUAAUUUACUACUAUGAGAUGUUACCAAUAAAUACCAUUUUUAGAACAGGGCGAGGUUCUACUCUACGUGAUAUUGAUAUUCGUAAUUGCUUUGAAGCCCUUGGUGCAGUACACGCGAAAGCUAUUCUUGGUUUUCAUACGUUCACAGGGUGUGACCAAACUGGGCGUUUCAACAAGAAAUCGAAGUCUGCUUGGCUGAAGAUUUUUUUACAGGCAGAUAAUGAGGUGGUUCUGGCAUUAUCGACACUUGGAAGUACUGUCGAACUUCCUAAUCUGGAAACACUGGAAAGCUUAGAACGUUUCGUGGUUUCAAUGUAUAAGGGGAAUAAAUGUCCUGCAGACGUGGUAUCACUAUCUCAAUUGCGUUGGAAUUUAUUCUCCAAAUUCCAGUGUGAUGCUGAUAUGUUGCCACCAACAUUAGCUGCAUUAAAGUACAAAAUAUUCAGGUGUCACUUCAUUUCAAUGGUUUUACGAAGCUCGCAUAUCCUCAUUCAACAACUUCCGAAUGCAGUCAAUUAUGGUUGGGAUACAGAUGAAGUCGGUAACUUAUUCCCCAUAAUGACUGAUGAACUUCCUGCACCGUUGGCACUCAUCGAGUUAAGUUCUUGUAAUUGCAAAACAAGUUGCAUAUCCAACCGAUGUAAACGCCGUAAAAAUGGUUUUUUGUGCACUGACAUGUGUAAAUGUACGACGUGUCAAAACAGUGGUGGCGCAAGCGAUGAAUCCGAGUCAGAUGAAUAUAGUUCUAGUGAUGAUGAGUGAAUGAAACAUUGUACAAGCAUUGCUGAAGUUGUUUUUUGUCAUUAUUUUCAGCAAUUUUUUUAACUUUGUGAAAUUGCCAGAAAGAAAGUAAACAACUAAACACGUGCUUUGGUCUGUAAAUUACUGGUCUGUAAAUUAUCUCUUGAAGUGAUUUGAACAAUAAAUUUUGAUCAAACAGAAAGACAUUAGGGUGACCCAAUACCAUACUAAAAUUCAACAAAAAAACUUCGCUAUUAAGCAGGUUAUAGUCAUUUUUGGGCUGGGUCAGUAAAUUACCGGUCUGUAAUUUGUACAAAGUUUGAAUAGUAAUAUCUUUCGAACGUUACGUUUUGAAGACAUGGUUCUUACAUUUUUUUUGAUCAACUCGAUCUCCUCUUUCCAACGAUAUAUAAUAUGACAUAUAAAUGUGAAAUUAUUUUUUUGCUGACUGUAAAAGUGAUGACGUCAUCUAAUUUGGUCCGAUGGGACAAAAAAUUUUGCCACCCAUAUUUUUUUGGUAAUUUGGGACCUAAGGAACAACUUUAAAUCAAAAAAUCACUUUUAACACACAUGUGCACACGAAGCUUUAUAUCAGAACAUAGCAACCCUCACUAACCCUCUUGUGGCAUGUUUUUUCAAUUCUUCAAAUUUUUUUUCUACAAGGAUGUUGUUCUACUAGAAUUGACCUUGUCUUCUUCAUAUCGCUCGCGAUAAAUUUAAAUAGCUUUGAAAAGACGAAGAAGUAAAUCUUCAUCAGUCGGAUUUGUAAUCCUGUUAAGCUAUGCGUGUGACGUCACAAAUUAACAAAAUAUGUACGAACUAAGUUCGAUAAUGGCUGCGGUCGUUAAUGUAAUGUAAUUAUCAGUUGUCCUCCAAAAAGGCAUAUCACGUUAACGAAAUACAAUAUGCAUGAAUAUUUUACAAAAAAGCAUAUAUGUAAGUUUUUUUUGCUAGUUCUCUUUUAAUUCAACGAGGGGUGGUCGUACGUUCUCCUGCUCCAUACUACCUACGUAUUUCGGAAGAAAAAUUUCAGGCCAAGGAUGGUAAAACACACUUUAAGAAACUUGGAAAUCUCACUGGCAUACCACUCGCAAAAAUUUGCGUUUGAGAAAUGAUUGUGCCACGCCAUUGAUAGACAAAUCUAAUGGUUGGAAAACAUGUGUAAGAUUUGGUGGUACAAAAAAAGCUAACACGGUUAUUUUUUUCUAAUUCAGUCAAAUACUUUUUGAGUACAUUGACCUCUAAACACAUCAUACACAAGCAAACAUUUCGGCUCUUCUUCUAAGCCCAAUUCAGUACGCUUAAAUUCAGCAAAAGGAAAGAUAACGGAUUCGAGAUGUUCAAUGACCUUUUCGUCAUUACUCCAAUGAUUUCUUGUAUGCGUCACAUUAACCCAUUGCGGAAAUUCGACUCCUGUUGGGUGACAUCUUUCUUCAUCCAAGAUUCGAUUCGUUUCACCUUCAUAAAUAAGCUGCAUCGGUAAGAAUAUUCCAGACUUAGUGGUAGAAGAACCCAAUUAUGGGAUUUUACUUUCCAAUAAGAGGAAACUUUUCCAACCUUUUAAAUAAAGGGUAUGGUUUGGGCUACAUGCAUACAUAGGCGGUGUUUGAUGAAAGUUUAUAAUAAAAUCGUCAGGUAUAUAUGUAGCUUUGUUUAUUUUAAUAAACCUGGGGCGAUUGGGAUUUUCGCAGUUGUAGCUUUUCGUCUGCACAUUUAUUUACCAUUUACCUUCUUGCUCCAUCCUGUAGAAAACGUUGGAACCCCAUUGGUGACUUAACGAGAUGUAGCCGCCAUUCUCAAUUAGAAGAGAUCGAUCGUGUGCUAUAAUAAAUCCUUUUGCAACACUGUUGAUGACUUCCCCUGUUACUGGUGCACCCUUAAGAGAUAGAUAAAUAUUCCUUCUGGCGCAACGCACAUCUCGCGCACGCCACAGUCAACCACAACAAAUCCCUGAUCCCUGAAGUACUUACAAUGCUGUUCUUAGUCAUGCAUAUCAAGGUAAAGUCCAUAUGAUGCUGUGCUUAGUCAUGCAUAUCAAGGUAAAGUCCCUACGAUGGUGUGUUUAUUCAUGCACAUCAAAGAAUGCGGCAAAUGAGUAAAAAUAGUUCUAGCGCACAUAGAGUUAUAUUCCCCCGCACACAGCUGACAUCAUCGAAAAUCAACGCAUGCGCAGUAACGCUCUGCAAUCUUCGGACUUUAUUGAAAUGUGUAUAUAUAAAU